AUGGGAGGUGUGGACAGGAUGGAUCAAAAUGUUGAGAAGUAUCGUAUCUCUAUCAGAUCCAAGAAGUGGUGGUGGCCAGUGUUUAUGUAUUGCAUUGACCUUGCGGUGCAGCAGACCUGGCACAUUUACCGUGCUACUGAUGCAGGAUUGAGGCAACCAUUAGAUCUGUUAGGUGUCAGACGAGCUCUGGUUACUGUGCUGCUUGCUCAGGGGCGUACACCUGCUGUCAGCCCUGGCAGACCAAGAGGUAGGAUGAGGCCAUUGUCAAGAAGAAUUCCAGACCAUAUCCGACUUGAUGGUAAAAAUCAUUACGCAAAGCCAGCAAAAGAAGUGCGCUGUUCAUUGUGUGGAAAAAAAUGCAGGACACAAUGUUUCAAAUGUAAUGUUGGAGUGCGCAGGAAAUGCUUUGAAAUGUUUCACAGUGUUUAG